CAACGAAUCAUGAGGGAGCAUAGGUUGCCAUUCACGAGGUAAAGAACCUUGACGGCCUAGUUUAUGGAAAGUUAUCGUCAACACGAUCGCAUGUACUUUUCGCGUUCUUUGUUCGUCAAUUGCAACAAUCCCGAGCAGUAGGAUGCAAAGAUGUCGAGAGUUGCAAACAAAACAAAGGUCCGCAAGUAUGGAAAGCCAACCACGAAGAGCAGAGCAGAACUGCUUUUCGCGGAAUUACCUAAGACUCCUGUGAAACAGCCAUGCCGACGGCCCGCAUCACAGAUACUGGGGCCUGAACCAUUCCAAAUAUCGGAGCCCGUGAUCACGGAGUCCGUUCCGGCCUACCAUGAGCAAAAAGCGAAACCAUCCCCGGAAGCGGAGCCGGAAUCAGUCCCAAAGCCAGAACCCAUGUCUGAUGAGGAUGAUGUUCAUGAUGUUACCGAACACUUCGACUCAAUAUUGCUUGAUGAAGAGGACGAUCACCAAGAUGCUCCCUACGCAUCUACGCCACGACCUUCAAUAGGAAGUUAUACGAGUUACAAUACUUCCGUACCACCACCACCACAACAACGACAACAACAACAACCACCACCACCGUCCAGGACUUCACUCUCAUCACAACCCCCACGCCUAUCUCCAUUCAGGAAACUUGCAUCCCCAUCAGUACAAAGUCCAGCAACACUUCAACCACCAACAACCAACUCCCCAUUUGGCCGCUCACCAUUCCCUCUCAAAUCCCCACGAGUUCGACAACUCAUCCAAGAAGAAUCCAACCAACCACAAUACCAGCAGCAAGACGAACAAAAACAAGAAUACUCCUUCUACGACACCUCCUCCUUCCACACCCUUUCCUGGUCCGACAUCUGCGGACCCCCCUCGGCCCUAAACUCCAUCACAAAAAUAGCCGAAGCCUCGUACGCCGAAGUCUACCGCAUCACCAACGCCCGCGGCAUCUCCAUCAUCAAAGUGAUCCGUCUGCAAUCACCCAUCAGACCACAGACCAAAGCCCAGAUCAAGUCCGGGUUGGUAGACGAGGAAGCCCACGCCGAAUCGGACUUGCAAGGCGAACUCAAGAUAUCGGAAUGGCUGGCGGACAUCCCGGGGUUCGUUAUCUACAAGGAGAGGUUUAUAGUGGAAGGAAAGGGGACCAAGGAAUUGCUGGAGACGCAUCAGGUGUUUCAGCGGAAGAUGAAGAGGAAGGACCCCGGAAGGGCGCAGUUUUAUCCAUCUCCGAGUAGGUAUUUGGAGAGCACGAGGUUUUUGGUGGUGGAGUUGGGGGAUGCGGGGACGGCGUUGGAGGAUUUCAUGGCGCAGCCGGAGCAAAAGAUGACGUGGACGGGAGAGAUGUUGUGGGAUGUCUUUUUGAGUACGGCGGUGGCAAUGGCGAGGGCGGAGGGGGAGGUGAGGUUUGAGCAUAGGGAUUUGCAUGAGGGGAAUUUGUGUGUGAGGAGGGUGAGGGGUGCGAGGCAGAAGGAGAAGAAACCGUCUGACGAAGAGGAGGGGAGGGGAGAUGGGGGAGGAGCCAAGUUUGGUUGGUCAGGGUUGGAGGUUACAAUUCUGGAUUAUGGCCUUUCGAGGGCUACGGAUCCGGAAACGAUCGGGCCUGAUCUAGAGUUAUGUCCGGCAUCGCCUAUCGGACGGAGGACUACGACCGACAGAGAAGUCAAAGAGGAAGCAGUCGUCUUCUACGACCUGGAAAGGGAUCCGUCAAUGUUCACUUCGACACACGCGCCUCAGUGCGAUAUCUACCGACGUAUGCGCGCCUAUCUGCUCAGCAACACGCCGGAAGGCAAACCGGUCUCUUGGGCGGGGUAUUACCCGUACACCAAUGUUCUGUGGCUGUCUUACAUUUAUAGUUACCUCUGUCAACACUUUAAGGGAGAUAAGCGCGAGUUGGAAGCGUGGAGGGAGGAAACGGAAGAGAUGUGGAAGUACUUGGACCCGAAACAGGCGGAUGCUGUGAGGCAGGAGGGGAGCAUUGGUUUCGGUGUGGCGGGGGAUGUGGUGGGGUUUGCGGUGGAAAAGGGCUGGAUUACAGAGGCACAGGUGAUGGAUGUUGGGGACAGGAGUACGGUUUUGUUUGAAGAGUCGAGGCUUGAAGUCCCGCCUAUGGAGGGGAUAAAGAGUGGAGGCGAAAAAGCAAUCACUGAGAGUGUUGAGAAUCAACAGGCCGGUGAGAGAAUCGAGUCAUGGGAUGAGGAUGAAGAGGACGAUCAGAUUCGCCGUCAUUCUAAGAGGAGGCGGACGAGGAGGAGAUACGUCGACGAGGAUGAGUAGCAUAUGAUUGACGAACGAGCAUAGCCCAGCGUUUGGUAAUGUCAUUAUCUUCUUUCACUGUUUAUAUUCACGCUGGAAGAUGCCUCGGGUUCU